GGCGGCGCAUUUCCUGCCAGGCCGGGGGAACGUGACGCCACGCGCAGCUUGAUGACGACAUUUCGGCGCCGGGUCGCCGAAUGGCGGCCUGGGUCCUUGAAACGGGAGACGCUGUGGUUCUUUCAGGUUAAUGGUGGGAAUCGCGCGCGGUCCGGCCCCGCAUCCCGGCGGCCACCCCGAACUUCCGCCGAAACCAGCUCUGUUCCCACGCGAGCCCCGGGCCUCGGGCCGGGCCGGCAGGGCGCCGAGGGCCGGGCUGCGCCCUCCCGUCGCCUUCCCGCGCACCUCGCACACCCCACCCCGUGGUCCUCUAAGACGGCCGGUCUGGACCCUGCCCGGGAGGCUGCCAUGGCAUUCCCCCACCUGCAGCAGCCCAGCUUCCUGCUGGCUAGCCUGAAAGCCGACUCUAUAAAUAAACCCUUUGCACAGCGGUGUCAAGACUUGGUUAAAGUCAUCGAGGACUUUCCAGCAAAGGAGCUGCAUGCCAUCUUCCCGUGGCUGGUUGAGAGCAUUUUUGGCAGCUUGGACGGCGUCCUGGCUGGGUGGAACCUCCGCUGCUUGCAGGGCCGCGUGAGCCCUGUGGAGUACAGCAUCGCCAUGGAAUUCCUAGACCCCGGGGGCCCAAUGAUGAAGUUGGUUUAUAAACUUCAAGCUGAAGACUAUAAAUUUGACUUUCCUGUCUCUUACUUGCCUGGCCCCGUGAAGGCGUCCAUCCAGGAGCGCGUGCUCCCCGACAGCCCUCUGUACCACAACAAGGUCCAGCUCCCCCCAACCGGGGGCCUUGGCCUGCACCUGGCCCUCAAUCCAUUCGAGUAUUACAUGUUCUUCUUUGCUUUGAGCCUCAUCACUCAAAAGCCGCUCCCCGGGGCCCUCCACGUCCGCACUUCAGACUGCGCCUACUUCAUCCUGGUGGACAGGUACCUGGCAUGGUUCCUGCCCACAGAAGGCAGCGUGCUCCCCCCUCUCUCCUCCAGCCCGGGGGGGCCCAGCCCCUCACCGGCUCCCAGGACGCCAGCCGUGCCUUUUGCGUCCUACGGCCUGCACCACACCAGCCUCCUGAAGCGACACAUCUCUCAUCAGACGUCAGUGAACGCAGACCCCGCCUCCCACGAGAUCUGGAGGUCGGAGACGCUGCUCCAGGUUUUUGUUGAAAUGUGGCUUCAUCAUUAUUCUUUGGAGAUGUACCAAAAAAUGCAGUCCCCUCACGCCAAGCUGGAGGUCCUGCACUACCGACUCAGUGUCUGCAGCGCCCUCCACAGCCCUGCCCAACCCAGCCUCCAGGCCCUCCACGCCCACCAAGAGUCCUUCAUGCCCACCGAGGAGCAUGUGCUGGUGGUGCGGCUGCUGCUGAAGCACCUGCACGCCUUCGCCAACAGCCUGCGGCCCGAGCAGGCCUCACCCUCCGCCCACUCCCACGCCGCCAGCCCCCUGGAGGAGUUCAAACGGGCCGCCGUCCCGAGGUUUGUCCAGCAGAAGCUCUACCUCUUUCUGCAGCACUGCUUUGGCCACUGGCCCCUGGACGCAUCGUUCAGAGCUGUCCUGGAGAUGUGGCUGAGCUACCUGCAGCCCUGGAGGUACGCGCCCGAGAAGCAGGCCCCGAGCAGCGACUGCCAGGCCCGGAGUGUGUCAGAGAAAUGGGCGCCCUUCGUGCAGGAGAACCUGCUUGUCUACACCAAGCUCUUCCUGGGCUUCCUGAGCCGCGCGCUGCGCACAGACCUCGUCAGCCCCAAGAACGCACUCAUGGUGUUCCGCGUGGCCAAGGUCUUUGCGCAGCCAAACCUGGCUGAGAUGAUCCAGCGGGGCGAGCAGCUGUUCCUGGAGCCCGAGCUGGUCAUCCCCCACCGCCAGCACCGGCUCUUCACGGUGCCCACGUUCACCGGCAGCUUCCUGUCGUCAUGGCCACCAGCCAUCACCGACGCCUCCUUCAAGGUGAAGAGCCAUGUGUACAGCCUGGAGGGCCAGGACUGCAAGUACACCCCAAUGUUCGGGCCCGAGAUCCGGGCACUGGUCUUGCGUCUGGCGCAGCUCAUCACGCAGGCCAAGCAGACGGCCAAGUCCCUCUCUGACCAGUAUGGGGAGAGCACGGCCGCCCGUCCCUUCCUGUCGUGGCUGGGCUUCUACCCUGCGGACACCAAUGGCUCUUACCCGGGCAAUGACCUGGACGAGAUGGGGCAGGACAGCGUCCGCAAGACGGACGAGUACCUGGAGAAGGCCCUGGAGUACCUGUGCCAAGUGUUCCGGCUCAGCGAGGCCCAGCUCGCCCAGCUCACGCUCGCCCUGGGGACCACGCAGGAUGAGAACGGGAAGAAGCAGCUCCCAGACUGCAUUGUGGGCGAGGACGGACUCAUCCUCACGCCCCUGGGCCGGUAUCAGAUCAUCAACGGGCUUCGGCGCUUUGACAUCGAGUACCAAGGGGACUCGGAGCUGCAGCCCAUCCGGAGCUACGAGAUUGCCGGCCUGGUCCGAGUGCUCUUCCGACUGUCCUCCGCCAUCAACCGCAGGUUCGCAGGUCAGAUGGCGGCCCUCUGUUCGCGGGCCGACUUCCUCGGCAGCUUCUGUCGCUACCACCUCCUGGAGCCUGGGCUGUCGGACAGGCGCCUGCUGAGCCCCGUGGGGCGGGAGCGUGCGGCCAGCCUUGCCCGGGGCCCCCGGCUCAGCCUGCGCUUCCUGGGCAGCUACCGGACGCUGCUGGCCCUGCUGCUGGCCUUCUUCGUGGCCUCUCUGUUCUGCAUCGGGCCCCUGCUCUGUGCCCUGCUCCUCGUGCUGGGCUAUGUCCUCUACGCUGUGGCCAUGACGCUGCUAACCGAGCAGGGCAAGCUGCACCAGCUCUGACUGCGGGCCGGCCACUGCCCCCGGGCACCGGGGAGGCCACUCUGCACCCAACACCUGUCACCUUCGUGCUUCCAGGGGGCGUUUACUUGCAGCCCUGGAACCAUCUGAAGAGAACCUGAAAGGAGAGGGCAGGGCCAGGCAGAGAGGUAGCCACGCGGGGCGGGCAGCCUGCCGGCCCUGGGCCUCCCCCUUUCCUCAGCCAGAGGGCCUGCAGGGCGACGCCUUUCUUUUCCUCAGCGUGUGAAGCUCAGGAGUUGGGCCUCCCUGGAUGGCCUGCGGCCUCUGCCCUUGCCGCCCUGGAGGUGGGCGGUGAGACCCCAAGAUGGGAACCCAGCCUCUGGCUCCAGAGAAGAAUCAGCCCCUAAAAGAGAGCCCUAAGAAAAUUAGACAGUGGUUCUCCUCUGUUUCAUGAUUUUAAACCUGAUUUUGCUGCCGCGUUUGGCAAAGCUAGGGCCACUGUAUUUUCCCAGUAGUUCCAAGUCUGGGCCACAUGCCUGCUUUUGAGGAGAGACCCUUCGAGAACACAGAUGCCCCCAGGCCAUGGAGCAGGUCGUCAGGGCCGUCACCACCUUGUUCCCUGUGGGUGGUCUACAACCAAAGAUGGUCAAAAGCAUCGUUUUUAUCUUCAAUCAAGCGCUCAAAGACAGUGAUUUUUUGGUAACAUUUAAAUAUCCAAAGUAUAUGACGAAUGCGAGUUCACUGUCAGAAAUCCUCACAGCAUCUCACACGCGUUUCAUUCUACAGAUGACGCACCAGGGAGAACUUUUCAACUGAGAUUUUUUAAAAGCCUUAGUCUUUGGUGUAUUUUUUUAAGUUUUCAAACUGUAGGUAUUGGGCUUUGUAUUUUGAUGUAAACUCAGAGUAGUGGCAUUUGGGGCCUGUGACCAGUAACCAAACCAAACUUGUAACCGACCAUGGAUCUGAAUAAACCUGUUCUUGGUCCUGA